AUGGUCUUUUAAAAUCUAGAAAUUUGUAUAAUGUACCUGUUUUCUUUUAAAAUAGUAACUUGUGAUAUUAGCUUACGGUCUGCUACUUCUGUUAUGUGGCUCCAUGGUAUCCACUGUGGUUUGAUUCCAGCCUCCCAGCCCCAUGGAUACCAAAAUAUGUGGAUGCUCAAGUGCCAUUAAAUACAAUGGCAUAGGGAAAUGGUGUUUCUUAUUUAAAAUAACCAAGCUUUGCUUUUUGGGAAUUGAUAUCUUUUGGGAGUAUUUUCAAGCCAAGGAUGGUUGAAUCCAUGGCUGUGGAGGGCCCAAUUGCAUGUGCAGUAUUCUGACAAAAUAUUUUUUGUGUGCCUUGAAAUAAUUUCUGACUCAUGGCAGCCUUGUCACAAGAUUUGUUCAGAGCGGUGUUGCCAUUUCUUUCCUCUGAGGCUGAGGGAGUGUGACCCAAAGUGACCUGAUGGGUUUCCAUAGCUGAGCAGGAAUAGACCCUGGUCUCCUGAAAUCCUGAAUACAGCACUCAAACCACUUUGCAACACUGCCUCAUUCUUUGUCUCACACACACCCUAAACUGUUGAUUGCUUUGGCAAAGUAAAUGAGGCUGUAUAUGUACUGUACAUUAACACAGGGCAACACAUUAAAGGGGUCAGUCCAUAUGAUGUACCUCAUCUAUCUGUUGUAAGGGAGCCAUGAAUGAUGGGGGAAAGGGAAAGGUGGGGUUCUGCAAAGGUGCAGUGGGAGAUGAGCCUAGGAGAAACCUGCUUCUGAAUGCACUGCAGGGCAAUCGUUCUGAACAAUGUGUAUUAAAUUUAGCAUUAAUUUAAUAUGUUGGCUUGGACUUGUGUUCUAGCAUUCAUGGACUAUAUAAAAUAAGACCAGCUUUAUGCAAGUUGUAGAAGAACCCCUUUUUUCUUAAGAAAUAAAAUUGAUACUAUGAUAAAUUUCCUCAUGUCUCCUUUCAUUUCAUGUGCAAUUAACAGGAGCAGUUUAAUACAAAAUGCUUUACCCCAAUUUCUCUUAUUCAAGGAAGAUGCAGUCAAUUAUGUUCACAAUCUUGUCCUAUCAUUAUGAUUUCAUUUGCUAGGAAACCAGAGUUCAUUUUGUGAUGUCACACCUGCACAAGUUAGGUCUCAUUGUGAUGUUCUAGAACUCUUUAUUGAAGCUCCCUACAAGCAGGCAUUAUUUUAAUAGGCCUGCUGCUGCCUUAUUGAUAUGGUUUGACUACUAGCAUAAAUGGCUACGGCUGAAAAUAAUUACCUAAAUGAAAAGGGAGACCUGGACACGGACCUUCCUUCUGCAGAAGGUCAACACCUUUCAGCUGAAGAUGAAAUUAUUCAUUCCACAAUCUCAAUUUCAUCCACUCCACUGCAUGAUAAAACAGCAGCUGGUGACUCAGCCUUAAGGUCUAUGAUAGAAGAAAAUGCCUUUCAAGCUUUGAGUGAUGGGCCCUGGCCAAAAAGACCGCGACUUGCUCUCUGUGAUGAGGAUUCUCUUGAAGAUAAUGAUUUUCUCUCUCUUACUUUCCCCAAAAAACUCUGGAAAAUUGUUGAAAGUGACCAAUUUAAAUCACUGUGGUGGGAUGAGGACGGAAACUGUGUAGUGAUCGACGAGGAACUUUUUAAAAAAGAAGUCCUGGAAAGGAAAGGACCUUUGCGUAUUUUUGAAACUGACUGCAUGAAAAGUUUCAUUCGUCAGCUCAAUCUUUAUGGCUUUAGCAAGAUGAGGCAGAAUUUUCAAAGGUCUGCCUCCCUUGUUGAAUUUUUAGCAGAAGAAAAAGCUGCGUAUGCAUUUAGCAAGUUACAGUUUUAUCAUAACCCAAAUUUUAAGAGAGGUUGUCCUCAUCUCCUUGCAAGGUGCAAGAGAAGAGUUGGGAUCAAAAACACACCGCCCAUUGCUUUCUCAUUAGAUGAAGACUUCCGGGAAAGUUGCUUGAAAAGCAGAUCAAGAAGCCCAGAAGGUCAAACCAUUCCUGGACCUGCUUCUAGGGAGAAUGGCCUCCUUACAGCCUCCCCAAAGGAGAAAAUGCACAAAUCUGGACUUCGAAAACCUGCCAUGACCAAAAGCCUUGCUGGCGCUGCAGUCCGGCUGAGAAGUGGCUAUUCUGCUUCGUCUCCGACUCCUCUGAGUGCUUCUGAGCAGGUGGCCCCUGAGGACAGUGACACCCAAAAAAGCCAACUGGCGCCUUUCCAUUUACCUCAGCAUACCAGCCAUGCUCGAGUCGACACACAUGAAAUAGACUCAACCACCACCACAUCUGCUACUUCUUUGUAUCAUGUCAUACCUCCUGUACCCAACACUCCCUUUGCACCUGUGAUGGGGCUGCCAGCCUUCCCAACAAUGUACCCAGACUUAUCAGCCAUGCAGGCUCACUGGGCUAGCUUGCUCCCCUUUUGUAACCCAUGGUUCUCUAUGCCAAUGAUUGCAGCAGCUUCUGCUAUUUCCAUGUCGAGAUCGUCUCAUCACCAUCGAACUCCUACAUACCACCACUGCCCUAACUGCAAUUGUACUUCAAACGGCACGUCUGCUUCCAAAGUAGUUGGACCCAAAACAACAGAAUACACCGGGUACCAUCGAUGAAGCAAGUGGCAGACUGGAAAACACCCGUCAUCUUUAAAACUGGGAAAUUCAUCAUGACAUAGACUGAAGAAUAAAUUUCUUACUUCCCUUUCUUACUGUCUUGUUUACCUAGGUUAGUGUUGGUAUUUCUUUGACAUGGAUAGAUUAGUAGUAACUUGUUUUCUUCGAUUUGUGAAAAGAGAUCUGAGGAAGCUGGAAAGGGUGGCAGGAAGCCUGAAGGAUAGCCACUGGUUAUCAGCUUUUUUGAAGAUAAAAAGUAUACAUCCCACAUAAAAAAUAUUUUUAGUUUGUGUUUAGUACUGAAGACAUUUUCUAAAGAAGAUUGUAGCCAGAAGUUUUAAAUUAGUUGGACAGGACAGUCCAUGUGAAAUAUGUAUACUUCACAUGUGUCAAGAUAGAACAAGGAAAGAAAAUGGGUGGCUCAAAUGGCUUGGAGAACCCUCUUAAUACUCUAGGAGUGUAGAAAUAUUACUGUAGCUUCAAAAAUGUUUUAUGUAGGCUUAGCUUGGGAAAAGGCAAAAUUUAAUUCACAUACUGUGUGUCCACACUGCAGAAUUAAAACAGUUUGACACCACUUUAACAGCCAUGACUAGCCUACAUAAUCCUGACCUUUCCAACAGACUAGGCUGAAUACCUCACCAAAUUACAAAUCCCAGGAUUAUGCAGGCUAGUCAUGGCAAUUAAUGUGGUGUCAAACUGCAUUGAUUUUACAUUGUGGAUACACCCAUUCUCUAUUUACAUGUGUUAUUUGAUCCUGUUGUCAUAGGUAAGUGUUUUGUUUUGUUUUGUUAGAACAGCAAUCUGCAUUGUAGCUGCUGACCUGCUAUACUCCAAGCAUUUCAGGUUACUUGCUUAACAAAAUAAGAUGACCAGUUCCCAGCAUGUACUACAUUACAGUCCAGAAUAUCUACCAUAACACUAACAGAGCAUAGGAGCAGGCAUUGUCCUCAUUCAUUUUCAGGGUACAGUAGAUGAGGGUGUCUGUGGAAAGAGAAUUUCUUUUGCCCCAUGAGCUAAUUAUUAUUGACAAUUUCCAAAAAGAACUAGCAACACAGAGGAGCCUGACUAUUUAACCUUUUGAAAUACUUUUUUUUUUACUAUAAUAAUGUUAAAGCUUUCAUUUAUUCCUACAUUUAUAAUCAUCAUCAUUUUAUGACUAGACUUUGUUACACUUAGGAAAGACCUUAGGAAUCAGUGGGAAACAUUAAUCAUGAUUAAACGUAAACCAUAUUCAUGACACUGAGUUGCUUUUUCAACUCAAUGUAUCAGGUUAAUUUUUUAGUGAAAUGACUUGCCAUGCUUAAGGGCUCUUGGUAUCUUGAGAUCAAAGAAAAGAUGCUCAAAAUAUAAGGCUUGGUUUAGUUUGCUUUCCCUAUCAUUUGUUUUUAUGUGCAAUGUGUUUAAAACCUGCACUCUUAUCUGUUUUGUUGGUGCAAGACAAACUAAUACCAUCAAGCAAAUUGUAUAACAAGA